AUGACGAGAUUCAGAGUGCUGCUUGCGAUCGUCCUGUUGCUGGCUGUGGCAUCGCACGCUUUUGCACAGAACGGGAACGGCCAAGGAUCGACGAGCAACAACACGACCGGGACUCAAGGCAGCAACAACCCCACGGGCGAUCCGUGCGUACCGGCGCAGAACAUCACAUGCUCCACUGCGUGCAACUCGGGCAAUGCCGGCGUGUACUCGCGCUACUCGCUCCCCGCGUUUCUGCAGAACGCGACGUGUCCGCCAGAGUACAACAACGCCAUCAGCACGAGCCGCCUGUACUGCUACGACGGCAUGAGCCUGCCUGCGUGCUGCAACAAGUGCAUCAGCCGCCGCACGUGCACCUACUGGCAAUUCUACCAACCACGAGCGGAUUGCGCCAAUUGCGGCGUGUGCUACAUCUACCCGCCGCUGGCGGCUCCUCCCACGUGUAUUCCAGAGGGCAUCCUGUGGAACGUGACCCGCGUGGCGCGGCCGUGCCCGUCAUCGCUCAACGACCCGCACUUCACGGGCGCGGAGGGCACGCAAUUCGACUUCAACGGGCUGCCCGACCAGAGCUUCUGCCUCGUCACGGACGCGCGAAUCCACGUGAACAUGCGCAUGCGCGGGUACUACGACGACCGCACGGUCGGCGCGUCGAUCCUGAAGGGCGGCAAGGCGGUGCGCACGUGGAUCAAGGAGCUGGGCAUUCUGUGGAUCGACGCGGCGGGCGUGAAGCACUCGUUCCGCAUGGCUGCGCGCGACGGCAAGGAGAUGGCGCGCGGCGCGGGGUACAUGGGAGCGAUGGAGUUCGACGGCAAGGCGCUGCCGCUGCUCUCCGUGGGCAGCAAGUACGCGCUGCCCGGCGAGCUGACGCUGGCGUUCACGGGGUACGAGAAGCAGGGCGGCGGGUUCUUCGACGUGGACGCGUACUCGCUGGAGGUGGACGGGCUGAUCAAGCUGGACGUGAAGCUGCGGCCCGCGCACCCGCUGCUGCAGACGGAGGCGGACGCGCAGACGCACAUCAACCUGCACUUCGCGAGCGUGGAGCGCACCCCCGCCAUGCACGGCAUCAUGGGGCAGACGUACCGCGAGGGCCGGCGGAAACGCGCGUUGGAGUACACGUCGCUGUCAGUGCUGCUGCGGCGGUCGUUCGCGGCAGACGGCGUGGAGGGCCGAGGGUACCUGGACGGCGAGGUGAAGGACUACCGCACGUCCAGCGUCAUGUCCGCCGACUGCCUCUACACGGCGUUCGACGGCCACACGCUACCACCCAUCAACGAGGCCAACGGCGUGCUACUGGCGUAA